GGACGCUCAGUGCCACAGUGAGCCCAGGCAGGGAAGUGCUCCUGAUUUACCGCAGCUUGGGGAAGAGGCUCAGCCUGGCCGGAGAGGCGGCAGCCGUGUGCCCGGGAGGGAUGGGAGCGAUGCUGCGAGCAGCCGUGCUCGUGGGCUCCCUUCUCCACUGCAGCGCUUUUCUGGAACUGAGUGGCCCCAGUGAGAUCAAAGGUGUCUGGAAGGAGUCUGUCACUCUGCCUUGUGCCUAUGUGCCUGUGGAGGGCCUUGUGCAGCAAACCCUCGCCUGGACUGUGGUACAUGACAAGGGUUCAGGCACCAUCUUCAGGAGGGAUGGCUCUGGGGACCACAUCCUCCUGUCUGAGUACAGGGACAGAGUCAGCAUCCCAAAGGAUGUCCCAGGAGAUGUGUCUCUUCUCAUCCUGAGCCUGGAGAUCUCUGACAGAGGAACCUACACUUGCCAGGUCACCUGGAGAGACAGCAACAACAGCCUGAUAGCAAAGGAGAUCACCAUCAAUCUGGAGGUCGUUAAAGUGGCAGCCACCAAGCCCAUCAUCAGAGGCGCGGAGCCGGGGCAGGCGCUGCCGGCCGGAGCCAGCGCCAGCCUGAGCUGCGAGGCCAGCGGCUCCCCUCCCAUCAGCUACCGCUGGUUCCGCAGCGGCCCGGCGGGCACGGCCGAGCUCCUGAGCAGCGGCGCUCAGCUGGCCUGGCCCAGCCUGCGGCCCUCGGACAGCGGCACCUACUUCUGCGAGGCGGAGAACAGGGCUGGGGCCGGCGCCGCGCAGCGCAGCGAUGCCGUGCAGCUGACGGUCACAGAUCUGCCCACAACAACAGCGACCUUGCAGAGGAAUGUGGGAACCACACGGGGACACCACUCAACCACAGAUCUGCCCCUAGCAGCAACAACUUCUGAGAGUGAUGUGGGAUAUCCAGGGAAGAAUGAAACAAUUCAUGAUUUCCAGAGGACUGGCUUGUCCCUGUACCUGGUCAUCCUGAUUGCUGUGGUGUGUGGUGCUGUGGUUUUCCUUGUCAUCUCUCUCAUCCUUUGUGUUAGAAAGCCCAAAGAUGCUCAAGUCUAUGAUGUAAAAUUCCAUAACUCAAGAGCAGCAGCUUCUUCAAGCACAGGUUACUAUGAGGAACCCAUCUCUUCCACUGAAAACAACUAUGUGAUGGAGCUUGGGGAAAACAAAACCUCUGAAGAAGUAAAUAAGAAUGUGUCUGACUGUGUUGCAAACCCCCAGGAAUCUGAGUAUGAAGUGGGGGACACUUCCUGAGAACCAGCAGUGCUCUGCAGAUAACUGUCCUGAGGAGCACCUUCACCCAGACAAAAUACAUAUUGCUUUUCACUUUUGCCCCUGACAAAUAGGUUGGACAAGCAGUGGCUGCUCUCCCUGUACCAUCCCUGCAGUGAAAAUUAAUAUCUUGUCAGGAACUUCAGUUACAGACUGCUGAUUAGAACUUCUGAUUCUGUUUUCCUUGAUUCCCUCUCACCACCUCUAUCCAAGAAAGCCCUUUGAAAGCUGCAGCAUGCAGGUCCCAGGCUAGGAGCACUGAACUGAGCUUAUUGCUUUAUCUGGCCAAAAGGACCAGUGUUCCCAGCCUUCGUGUGGUGCAAGGAGAGGCAGCACCGAGGGCUGCUCAGCAUCCCCAUCCCUGGGGGUGAGCAGGGCAGGAUGUGCCUGCCUUGGGAAUUGAUGGUUCUUCUCCUGCCCACCUGAUGCUGCACAGAUUUAAUAUAAGAGAGACCUUCUAGAAACACUGGAAGGCAGAUUAAAGCCAAGAGGAACUCAGGGACCUGCCACACUGGGAGAAGCAGUGCAGGGAGCAGGAAUGUCCCGUGCAGUCCUUGUUCUGCCCUUGGUCCCCUCCACAGCACUGCAGAGAGGUCUGGACACACUGGCCACAGCUCUGGGUGCUUCUUAUACUGCAACCAGGCACAUUCUUUCUGAGCUCAUGUUCUCUGUUCUCUAUUUAAAUGCCUGAUGGGUAUUUGAAAGAAGUUACUUUCCCAUAAGUUUGGGGUAGAAUUGCUUACACAUAUUUUGCUAUGUGCAUUUCUGCACAACUGGCUCAUUUUCCACUCACAGCCCCUCACUAGAUAUUCAAGAAGUACUUUCCUCCCAGCUUAAAAGGCCUGAAGGGUAAGUUAUGAAUAAUUUCUACUGCCCUGAAUAAAUCCAUCAUGCAGAGUUAUGGAAGAACCUUUUUAUAACCAAACAGGGCAAUCCUGUGUCCCAUUAAAAGCCAUGCAAACAUGUAAAACUGAGGGAUGAGUGAGACAUUGGCAACACAGGCACAGGAUUAAUGGGCCCUAGCUGUGCUGCUCACACUCUGCAGAUCCCUGAGCAUCAGUUCAAAACUCACCAGAAAUCAAAGGGAGUGUGAUGUGCUAAUGAAAAGGUAUUUCAGGCCAAAAAACAGGAUUUGGUACUGUAAAGCCCAUGGAAUGUCACUGCCUUAUACAUGCUGGCCUCAUCUUGGGUUUAGCAGAAAGUUGCUGAGAAAGAUUGUAAAGAAUAAUUAUUGGUACAAAACCACAUCUGUGCAAACAGUCUCUUGGGAAAAAAGAGAAGAAGGGAUAAAAGAGCAAAGUGUGCCCAUGGGGGUCAGGACUGAGAAGGUGAAGGGGUUAUUUGUUUUCAGCUUCACUGAAAAGGAUGCAGAAAUCAGUGAUAAUUGUCUGAUAGCACUUUCAAAGGGAAAGGAAGUGUACUUCUUUAUCUGAAACACAGAAAUAAAUGUGGAACACAGCACUGAGAGCCAGGGGUCUAAUGGGAAAUUAGAGGAAUUAAUGAUUUAUUUAAAAGUUCAUCAGAAUGCACAAACUACCAGGCACACUUUCCAGGUGCUUAUUAGUGACCUUAUACUUUCUCCUGUCCUGCAAGUUUUAUUUCUCUUUUUUGAGAAUGUACUUAAAAAUCAAGGGCUGGGACAUCUUGAUUUCUGAAUGAAAAGAGAAUACAUGGCAGCUGCUGGUGCUGUCAUGGAGAAAACUGCCAACAUGUACAUGCAGCUUAUUGCAGAUGUGGAGAAACGAGGUGUGAGUGUGAGGUCAGAGGAGGCAGGAAGGAAAUGUGGCAGGUGCUGGAGCACAGCCCAUCCCUCUGAGCUCAGCCUGACUUCUCUGGCCACCUGAAAUGACCUGCAGUGCUCCUCAUCUUCAGGGUCAUGAUGUGGCCAGAGCUGCAGCCAGAGGAGAAGGGAGCACUGAGGGAAGGCAGGGAUGCAAAGGGGGACCCACUGAGGGACAGGGUGGUCAGUCACACCGUGGUCUGAGCUCUCACUGCUGAAACCCCCUGGGUAAUGGCUGCCAGAAAUCCCACAGCUUGCCCCAAAAUCACUCAAUUCCAGCUGCACUGCAAAGCCAUGGGCAGUGCUGCCCUACCAAUGUGGUUAAACAGCAGUGUUAUCCUGGCUGGACAACCAGCACCAGGAGCUGGUGAUAUUAAAUACAGCUGUUGUAAGGCAAGCUCAUGAAACUGAAAAUAAAUCCAUGAAUUAUGGUC